AUAUCACAAAAUCUUUGGUUAAUGCCCCUUACAUUAGGUAGCAAGAAGCGUGGUAGGCACGAGCCAUACGUCACAAUCACAACGUGGGGGUAAAAUCGGUGCAGAAGUACACAGCUCUAGGUACCUACUGCCCCACCCGCGUCGCUGCCCUGGCAACCGGCGCACCCCUGCAACAAUCCAAGUAAAUAAAGAGACACCCCCCGGUCCACUUCCCCAUUCUCCAGAUGCCUGUCUACGGCAUUCCAUAUCCAUAUCAGCAGCGCACUAACGAACUCAUCCACGAUAUCUGUACAACAUUGAAUGGAAUGCUAGAAUCGCCUCUGAUGCCAUCGUUAAAUAUGAGGGCCAUGCAUUCGUCUGCUUCGACGCCGUCUCUGCGUGCUCGAGAUGGCAUACUACCGCCCCAGAUGAGGAUGGAUGCGGGAGGUAACGUGCGGGUCGUCGUGAGAGUCCGGGCGUUUUUGCCCAGAGAGAUCGAAAGGGGGGCGGAGUGCUUGAUCAGCAUGGACCCUCAUACCCAAAUGACCACUCUCCAUGUACCAAACGAUAGUGACCCAGCGAACGCCAAAGCAAAGUCACGUAAGGUUAUUGAGGAAAAGUCGUUCAUAUUCGACAAUUCCUUCUGGAGUCAUAACAAGAGGGACAGACAUUACGCUCACCAAGAAGAUGUCUACAACUCUCUGGGCGAGGAGUUCCUCGACCACAAUUUCGAAGGUUACCAUACUUGCAUUUUCGCCUAUGGUCAAACCGGUUCGGGAAAGUCUUACACCAUGAUGGGCACGCCCGACCAACCAGGACUUAUCCCGCGGACCUGCGAGGACUUGUUCCAGCGCAUCGAGGCCGCGCAGGAGGAAACACCUAACAUUUCGUACCACGUGCGCGCCUCUUAUUUCGAAGUCUACAAUGAGCAUGUCCGAGAUCUGCUUGUUCCCGUGAUACCCAACCAGCCUCCCUACUACCUUAAGAUCCGCGAGUCUCCAACUGAGGGUCCUUACGUGAAAGACUUGACCGAGGUACCGGUGCGAAGCCUGAACGAGAUCCUUCGCUACAUGAAGGCUGGAGACGCAAGCCGCACGACGGCAAGUACCAAGAUGAACGACACGAGCAGCCGAAGCCAUGCCGUGUUCACCAUCAUGCUGAAGCAGAUCCACCACGACAUGGAGACCGACGAAACCACCGAGCGCAGCUCGCGAAUCCGACUGGUAGAUCUGGCGGGCAGCGAGCGAGCUAAGUCUACCGAAGCGACAGGCGCGCGCCUGCGCGAAGGAAGCAACAUCAACAAGUCCCUGACGACCCUGGGACGAGUGAUCGCGGCGCUCGCGGACCCGAAGGCACAACGCCCCGGCAAACGACACAGGGACGUCGUGCCGUACCGGGACUCGAUCCUGACGUGGCUGCUGAAGGACUCUCUGGGGGGCAACAGCAAGACGGCGAUGAUCGCGUGCAUCUCGCCGGCGGACUACGAGGAGACGCUGUCGACGCUGCGGUACGCGGACCAGGCGAAGCGGAUCCGGACGCGGGCGGUGGUCAACCAGGACCACAUCAGCACGGCGGAGCGGGACGCGCAGAUCGCGGCCAUGGCGGAGGAGAUCCGGGUGCUGCAGCUGUCGGUGUCGGACUCGCGGCGGCGCGAGCGCGACGCCCGCGAGAGCGAGGAGCGCCUCGAGGAGUACCAGAACCGCGUCGCCGCCAUGCAGCGCAUGAUGGAGGAGCGCAGCCUCGUCGCCGACGGCAAGAUCCGCAGCCUGCAGACCGAGAACGAGGCCCUGCGCCUGCACCUCAAGCUCGCGCUCGACAGCAUCAAGAACCCGAUCCCCGAGGUCGUGGUCCCGGACGACGACAACAGAGAAGAAGAUGGGAAAAAAGAAAAAGAUCGGGCGGGUGAGGAUGGCAAGGAGAAUGGUAGUAAAGGGAAGGGCAGGGAUAGCCCGGUUGAUGAAGCGUAUUACGGCGAGGAGGAUGAUGAUGACGAUGGGGAUGGUGGUGGUGAGUACGAAGAGGAUGUCUACGAGGAAAAGGCAAAUGACGUCCAGGACUACAUGCACGAUCUCCUGGAGGACUUGGCGCUGUUCAGGAGGAAGAUCGGCGAUGAUAAGGGGAGGUUCUUGGACGAGGAGGCGAGACACCCGUUGGGCGUCCAGGUCAACAUUUGAGGUUUGGGAGCGUGAGGUAGUUUGUGCUCUCUACGUGGCUGGCCCAGAGGGAAUAAUAAAGUCUCUGGUCUUACUGGAUGGACGGAUGGAUGGAUGGCAUGGUGUUAUUGGAGUACCUAUUGUUGGAAUGGAAGGAUACCUGAGAACUGGUAAGAGACCUGGAUCAGACCAGACCGAGGGAAGGGUUUUAUUUAAUAGGGGAUUCAAUUAACGCUCAGCUCUAAUACGUGCUGUG